UAAGACUGGGGCACCUGAAGACGACGGCUACUUUCUCACUUGACGACACUUCACAAAACACUCUGUUUUUACAGGAGACAAUGGCGUCAAAGCUAGAAGAGGACCUCACCUGUGCAGUCUGCUGUGACAUCUACAUGGAUCCUGUCAUAAUGACGUGUGCUCACAGUGUGUGUAAGGCCUGUCUGCAUCAGUUCUGGCAGAGCAAAGGAUCCAGAGAAUGCCCCUACUGCAGGAGGAAAUGCUCAAGAUCAGCAUACCCACCCAACAUUGCGUUAAGGAACCUGUGUGAGACAUUCUUAAAGGAGAGCAGUCAGAGAGCUUCAGCAGGGUCUGAGGUGCUCUGCAGUCUGCACAGUGAGAAACUCAAGCUCUUCUGUCUGGAGGAUAAACAGCUUGUGUGCCUGGUGUGCCGAGACUCCAAAAAACACACUGGUCACAAGUUCCACCCAAUAGAUGAAGCAGCACUUGAUCGCAAGGAGGAGUUGAAGACUGCACUGCAGCCACUACAGAAGAAGCUGAAAUCAUUUGAAGAGGUGAAGCUCAUCUGGGAUGAAACGGCAAAACACACCAAGACUCAGGUCCUCAGCACAAAGAAGCAGAUCAAGCAGGAGUUUGAGAAGCUUCACCAGUUUCUACGAUAUGAAGAGACAUCCAGGAUAGCUGCACUUAGGAAGGAAGAGAAGCAGAAGAGUCGUAUGAUGAAGGAGAAGAUUGAGAAGAUGAACAGAGAGAUCUCAUCUCUUUCAGACACAAUCAGAGCCAUAGAGGAGGAGAUGAAAGCUGAUGAUGUCUCAUUCCUGCAGAACUACAAGAGCACUGCCAAAAGAGCCCAGUGCACACAGCAGGAUCCGGAGAGGCUUUCAGGAGCUCUGAUCAAUGUGGCAAAGCACCUGGGCAACCUGAAGUUCAGAGUCUGGGAGAAGAUGCAGGAGAUUGUUCAAUACACUCCUGUCACUCUGGAUCCCAACACUGCACACCCACGACUCAUCCUGUCUGAGGAUCUGAGCAGUGUGAGACUCGGUGAUGAGAGACAGCAGCUUCCUGAUAACCCAGAGAGAUUUGAUGUUGUCCGUGUCAUGGGCUCUGAGGGCUUUAACUCAGGGACACACUGCUGGGAUGUGGAGGUUGGGGAGAGUAAUGAUUGGGGCCUGGGUGUGAUGACAGAGUCUCUCCAGAGGAAGGGAGACAUUAACCAUAUGAGUGGCCAGUGGCUAGUGGGGUGUGGUGAUGGUGAAUAUGUAGCAGCUAAGGCUCCACUUCAUGUGUAUCACCUCACGGUGCAGCAGAGACCCCAGAGGAUCAGAGUGCAGCUGGACUGGGACAGAGGAAAGCUGACGUUCACUAACCCUGAUAAUAACACACACCUACACACCUUCACACACACUUUCACACAGAAAGUGCUUCCAUACUUUAUGUUUCACCCAAACACCUCUUUCAGGAUCCUACCAAUGAAAUGUUGUAUUAGUCUGAAUCCUCACAGUUAG